AUGUCCCGAAAGCAGGCGGCGAAGAGCCGGCCCGGCAGCGGCCGCGGGAAGGCCGAGACCGAGCGCAAGCGGGACGAGCGGGCGGCUCGUCGGGCCCUGGCCAAGGAGCGGCGGAACCGGCCGGAGUCCGGCGGCGGCUGCGAGGAGGAGUUCGUCAGCUUCGCCAACCAGCUGCAGGCCCUGGGGCUGAAGCUGCGGGAGGUGCCGGGGGACGGCAAUUGCCUGUUCAGAGCUCUUGGGGAUCAGUUGGAGGGACACUCGCGAAAUCAUCUCAAGCACCGACAAGAGACAGUGGACUACAUGAUAAAGCAGCGGGAGGAUUUCGAACCCUUUGUAGAAGAUGACAUUCCUUUUGAGAAACAUGUGGCCAGUUUGGCAAAGUCUGGUACAUUUGCUGGCAAUGAUGCAAUUGUAGCCUUUGCAAGAAAUCAUCAAUUGAAUGUGGUGAUUCAUCAACUUAAUGCCCCUUUGUGGCAGAUUCGUGGCACAGAUAAAAGCAACGUGCGGGAGCUGCACAUCGCGUACCGCUACGGAGAGCACUAUGACAGCGUGCGCAGGGUCAACGACAACUCGGAGGCCCCUGCACACCUCCAGACAGAUUUUCAGAUACUUCAUCAGGAUGAAUCAAAUAAAAGAGAGAAGAUCAAGACAAAGGGCAUAGACUCUGAAGAUGAUCUGAGAGAUGAAGUAGAAGAUGCCGUCCAGAAAGUCUGCAAUGCUACCGGGUGUUCAGAUUUUAAUUUGAUAGUCCAGAACCUGGAAGCUGAAAACUACAAUAUUGAAUCUGCAAUACUUGCCAUGCUGCAGAUGAACCAGGGAAAAAGAAAUACUGCAGAUGAGAACCUUAAGCCCAGUGGCCGAUCGCUGAAGCAUUGUGGCCCUUUAUGGGAGGAAAGUGGCAGUGGCACCAGAAUUUUCGGAAAUCAGGGACUAAAUGAAAGCAGGACAGAAAACAAUAAGUCGCGGGCCAGUCCUGGUGAAGAAAACAAAGCAAAUAAAAACCAGCUGCCGAAGGUCACGAACAAACAGAGGAGAGAGCAGCAGCGGCUGGAGAAGAAGAAGCGGCAGGAGGAGCGGCACCGUCACAAAGCCCUGGAGAGCAGGGGCAGCCACAGGGACAGUCACAGGAGUGAAGCAGAUGUGAACGCGCAGGUCACCUUGGUGAAGACCUUUGCUGCUCUCAACAUCUGACUCUGGCCUUCGGGGAGUUGUAAGAGGCGAAUGGAAAAUGGAGUCUGUGUACCAGGCUUUCCAGGGAGGCUGUCCCUUCACACACCAACAACCCACACGUCCACAUAAACUGGCAACAGAGUUUCCUGCAAACUGCCUCUUUUUGUUCAGAGUUUUGUUAGUGAUGUGCUUUGUUUUAUGAAAGUGCAGAGAAGCAAUUCCUGUUCCAUAAUUAAAAUAUCAGGCUUCAGGGGUUGAUGGUUAGGUCAGGAAAAACCCUUUAAGUGCGGUUUUAUUUGCCCUGAAAAUCAGAGUUCAGUGACUUUGGGAAUCUUUCCUUAACAUUUGGAGUGAGUUUUGCUGUAAUUGUUCAUAAAGUAGUUCAGAAGUCAGAAAUUCAUGAUAACAAAUUUCCUUUUUUUUUCCUUUCACCUUCAAACAGAUACUAGUAUACAGGACAGUUUAUAAAUGAUCUCCAGCUCAGGAACAUGUUUAGAUUUAAUUUUUUUCUAAUCCAAGUUAAUCAGAAAAUAAUUCAGGAAGUUCUUUCCCAAAGUAACACGAUGUGGGGGCUGUGGCCUGUAGUCGGGGUGGAAAUGAGACAAUUGUGUUUCCUUCCUCCUGAUGCGGACGCUGUUGCCUGGGCGCACAGGUGCUGCUGGUCCGUGUGACCAGUGUGCUGACUCUCCAUGGGCGCUGGGCUCUGCCGGAGUGCUGACGGUGCAGGCUUUGGGUACUUGUCUACUACUGGCAGGAAGGUGGCCUGUUCUGCUCCACAUGCAGAUCUGCGCGCUGAUAAUGCGGAAGCAGGAUAUGUUGCUGUAAAGGGAGAAACCAAGGUGUCCCUGAGAUUUUGCCUACGAAGUCUAAAGAGGUACUUUGUCUUGUGGGGAGAGGAUGUCUAGAAGAACAUCGGGGUUUUUCAUGUUGAUAAGUAGCUGUAUUUUCUUUCCAACUAUUCUAGACUUAGAACAAUGCCAUCAGAGAAAUAAAAGAACUUUACCUAUUGCUAAAUUUAGUAUUGUGGAAAUGAAAUCCCAUAAAAUUAUGCAUUUACAUUUUAUUUAAGCCCUGUUUGGGAUUUUGAUGUUGGAAAAGCUCCCCUGCAACCUCCAGAAGUUGUGGAUUUGCCCCAAAGGAGGAGAGCAUCCUUUGGCCGGGGCCUUCAGAUGACUCCCCAGUUAGAGCUGUCCCUCCUAGAGCUGAGCUGGAUGGGCAUGAACUUUGGAACUCUAAUGUGUAAAGUGGCCACUCUUGUCAGGCUUGGCCUUUGGGAACCUAAUAUUUGGGCAAAUAAUAGAUGCUGAAUCAAAAGGUAAAUUCUUAGCUAUCUUCCCAUCCCAUCCCAUUUCAGAACUAUGAAAGUUCUGAGGUGAAGGGAAAACUGCAAGGUAGUUUUCACCUGAUUAUCUAGGCUGGCUCUGGUUUCAUUCAGUUAUCAGUAGGCAGUUUGCUUUCUUCAGUUUCAGUGAUAUAUUUUAAUUUUGUGUUUGUUUGACUCCGGUGACUUUUUUGUGGUUGGAGAAUCAAUAGUCUCUUGGAAGUUGUUCCCAGGACAUUGUGGCUUGGGCUUCUUCCUGGUACAUCACAUUGUAAUAUUUAGCAGAUCUAGAAACUGCACAGCGUUUCUUCUUUGCACACUGGGGAGUCCUGACAGCGCGACUCCUGUCAUCCCUCCUCUGGGAAGGGUCUGGCUGCCUUGCUGUCUCCAAGGGCAUGAGAGCCAGGGCUCGGGAGCCACUACGCUCUUGGUUUUUGACUCUGGGCAGAUUUCCUUACCGUGACUGAGCUUUUCCAAUGAAUAUUCUUCCUUUUCUGUUUUUUUUUUUUUUUUUUUUUUUUACUGUGAAGACAUAAGAUCCUGGCUCUCAGAAAGGUCAGUUUCUUGUGCCAGAACUUCUGUGAUUAAGGAUUAAGGGGGGAGACUUUAACCAAGGCGGGGAGCAGUGGAACUGCUUUACUUGGUUAUGAAGUCGGCCCUGGGCCCUUUUGGGUUUUGGAAGUUUUUGAAGCUGCUGAAAAGUUACUACAGAAUAUUGGGCACAUUUAUUUACAAAUUACCUUUUUCUGAUAACAGGCUUCCCAUUUCUGGGCUAUAAUAACUUUGGCUCUAAAACUCAUGAAAUGGCUUCAGUAAUUUUCUUUUAUUGCCACUUCAGUUUUCCAGUUAUAACUAUUCUGUGCUUAGUAUGUUAAUUACUAGUUAUAGGGUAGAUGUAGCCAGCUUUAGUGAUCUUCUAGCUAAGGGUUUAAAUGUAGCCUUCACUGCCUGAGUCUCCACGCUGCGAGGUAGUUCCUGGGUUCACAGCGGGCAGAGUAGGGGCUGUGUCUCGUCCAUGCUGACCUGUCAGCAGGCGUGCUCCGUGCUGGGAAGUGAGUCUUUCCUCACCUCUGUGCUACAUCUCAUCUGCUGCAAGUUUACGUGACAUGGGAUUAUCCCAGUAGCUUUUAGUGAGGCCAGGAGAAAGGAGAUGGGGCAGUGGUUCAUAGCUAUUUACUAGUCUUAAAACUAUAUAAAGGUUUUAUGGAUAAAAAAAGGUUUUUUAACGGUCAAAAUAAAUAAAAUUUUAGUGGCAACAGCUUUGUUCUAGAGAGGUAGAUACACUAAAACAACAUAGAACCGCAACUUCUAAAUAAUACAGUUGCCACCAGGAGGUACUAGAGAGAUAGGAUGUAUAUGUAUAUUUAAAUUUUCAGUAACAUGAACAUGUACUUUCAGGAGCAAAAUCUGGUUGAAGAAUUGUGGCUGAAAGAAGAGUCUUAAAUGUUUGUUCAAGUUGUCUAUAGUUUCUUUUAUAAGUUCUAACAACACUUCUAGACCCAUUUUGAUUGAGGGCCGUGAGGUGGGAUCUCCCUCGUGGGGCAGCUGGGGCUGGGCCGGAGGGAGGGAGACUGUGUGGGUAACGCCUGUUGUUUCUGGGGGACCUUCACCAGGUGAAUGAAUUGGUCCUGGGGUGGGAGCAGGGCCGUGCUCCAUGGGGGAAGCAGCGCAUGUAUCCCGUAUGUAGAGGUCAGGUGGGCUUCGGCUCAGGGCCGUGCUUCCAGGGAGUCCCGUGGUCAGUGUGUGGUUUCUCUCUGAGGAACUCUGUCGACGCGGCCUGAGUUUUACUAGGUCAACAUAGACACGUUCAACAUGAGAAUUCAGUCAAUUGAAGGAAACUCUGAUUCCAGAUCAGACUUAGUGACUAAGUGUCACCCUGAUCCAGAGGUCCCUGGUGGGUGGGUGAGAAGGGAGCCUCUUGGUGUUUACUGUGCCCUUCCGUAGCCCUGUGAUGCCCAUUCGGGGGGAUGCGUGGCUCUCUACCUUUUUACCUCAAGCUCUGUCUCUGCAGCAAACCUCUAGACUCAGAGUCUGAUGUAUGUGUCUGUCUCGCCAAUGUCUCCAUUCCCGUCUCCCCCAUCAGCUUUCAGAACAGGUGUUGCUGUACCCUGGGCCUCGGACAGUUGUUCUGAGGUGGUUUAAUGGCACUUUCUGUGAGCUGUGUUUCCCUGACUCGAAAGCAAUUGCGUUUGUCCUCUGACAUGGUUGAAUUGAAGGUCUAGAUGGCACAUUUAGACCCCAGGGGAUCUUCUCUCACGUUGGGGUACGCGACGUGGAGCUGUUGCAUACUGGCUACCGUGUGUGUCCGGCGUGGGCCUCAGGCUGUGCGCCGCAGGCUGCCCCGGGCAAGGAGCUGGGCUGGUGGCCUGGCCUGUCCCCAGUGAAUUCCUUGGAAGCGCCUCUGGCUCAUGAUCUUUUCUUCUGAGGAGUUACUUGCUAGUUCUCUGUCCAGCCUAGUUUAGCAGCCUUGCAAAGCGAGAGGGGGCUAGCGCAGGAAUGGACAGGCUUCCGUGCAGGCGUGGAUGUCCACGUGCCGACUUUGAGCGGGGUGUACCUGUGGCACCGGGCUUCUCCGCGCACUGUGCUGGCGGCGUGGCAGUGAUCUCUGGACUGUCUGGUCCGCCUCUAGCCCUUUGCGCGUCCCUGUCCGGCAGGUCUCUGCUGCCGCCGUCGUGACAAUCAUUGGAGACCCGCCUCAGACCCCAACCCAAACUUGAGGGAUGCCGGGUGGGGCGCCUCACAUCUUCCUGCUCCCAUUGUGCAUGUUCCAUGGUGGGGAGGGCCUGGCUCCCUGCGACCCUUGACCCUUCGCCAGCGCUGAGCUCCGAUGCAGGAGGGAGCCAGGAGGGAGCCAGGAACGGGCUUCAGCCCCGGGCUCCUGCCCGGUGCCAGUGCAGGCAUGGCGUUCGCAGGCUCAGGGUCCUGCUCUCCCUCCUGGUGCUGUGCUUGUUCUGGCUUCGGUCUGGAGGGAGGCGAGGCCUCCCCGGGCCGUGCUGCACAGACUCAGCGCGUCUUCCUUAGCUGUGGCGCCCGACGGAGGACUGCGACCAUGUCUCGCGUCCACAGCUCAUCUCCCCUGCGUUCUUUCCUCAUCGUGUUCAUGUGAACCAUUUUAGUUUUUAUUUACCAAAGUACUGUACUUGGCUACUUGCAGUGUUUUCAAAACUAAAUGUUUCUUUUUCUGUGUUUUUUAUCUUCAAUACUUGGUGCAAUAGAAGCUGCAAAGAUGUGCCACUUUAUCUAUGAAAUGGAGUUUUGUACACCAAUAAAUUCUAGUUUAAAGACUAGGUUUCGCGUGGUUUUUGUCAAUGACCCUCUUUUGAGUCCACGAGACCGAGAGCAUGCUGGGAAAUGUCCUCUAGGAGGCCUUUCCCGGCAGAUGUGCGGGGGUGCUUCAGGGUGAAGAUGUGGGAAUCUCAUGGUCUCGCAGGGCCGCCUCAGCUGACUGUAGCCUUAGUGCUCUGGCAGGGCCUCCAGGGGACUGGACACUUAAGAUUCUGCUUGAUGGCGAGCUCAUCUCGUGACCCGGAGCCCCUACCUCUGGCG